AUGCCCGUACUAUACAUCCCGAAAAUCCCACGAAUGGACCUACGAACUUGCGAUCCUCCCAAAAAGAACCUCCUGUUUUCCCUUUCGGCUCUCACCUGUUUCCGAAUGUCUGGCCACAGCCUCGGGGCUGAGGAGAGUCCCGAGUUCUGGGACAAGGCAGGCCAUUCCCUGCUCAACGACUGCUUGAAUGUUAGGAAGGAAUAUGACUUAUAUGAGAACAUUUCAUUGAACACGGUGGUCUCAUCCAUGUUUCUGGCUUCUUCCUUCUUCGAGACUAACCGGAGCACAAAGGCUUGGGUGUACCUGAGAGAGGCUCUGACUUUUGCGCAGGAGCUGGGCUUAGAGGAUGAGUCGACUUAUGCAGGCUUGAGUCCCGAGGAGGCUCUAUGUCGGCAGAGGGUGUUUUGGCUGUUGUAUGUUAUGGAACAGUCAUUCGCAAUUUUACGCAACAAGCCGCUCAUGCUGCGCCGGACACCUAAACUUCCCAUGACCCUUCACGCUUACGAAUCCCGCGGCAUCCACACCGGUUUUCUCCAACUUCUCGGCAUCUACAUUCCCCUUCGUGACUCCAUCAUCGAAGCCUGGACCUAUGGUUCCCACCCCACCGUCGACGUCAAUACCUACCUCGCUCUGCAGAACCAACUUGCUCGACCAGCUGGCAAUUCAGGCGGCUUGUCCAUCCCACGCCCACUUGUUCCUCCCUCACCCACCGUCGCCGUAUCCUCCGUACAGAUUCCGGUCACCCAGGCUUGCGGCUUCUCCGACCUCUCGCUCUCAUCCUCAUCAAUUUCGUCUUCGCCUACCGACCCUGUAGCUCCAGUGGCAGAACCAACACCAUCUCAAACCGCCAAUCUGUUGAUAACCCAGCAGUGGCUCAGGCUGAUUAUCUGGCUCUCCUCUUUGCGGCAUGGGCACCUGUCGUGGACUGCGGAGAAUGCGAGUAUGCAUUUCGCAUUUCCCUUGACGAUCGCUAGGCAAACUGGGUUGGUCUUGCGGCCUCUGCAAAUUGGGGGCUUGGAGGCGAAUGGUAUGGCAGCGCUGGAGGUCAACGGGAUGGGCAUCUUUGAAAAGAUCUUUGAGAUU